AUGCUGUUGCUCAUCGAUUCCUAUGACUCCUUCACGUAUAACUUACGCUCUUUGGUGGAGGAGGCAACCGGGGAGACCGUGUUGGUCAUACACAACGACCAAGUGCCUCAACAUGAACUUCAAAGCUACCUAGGCCUAUUCAAAGGUGUCAUUAUAGGCCCAGGCCCAGGAAACCCAUCAGUUGAUGGAGAUGUGGGCGUUAUUCCGUGGCUCUUCACGCAAGAUAUCCCACUGCUGGGUAUCUGCCUGGGGUUUCAGUCGCUGUGCCUGUCACAAGGCUGUGCAAUUGAAGAACUGGGCGAUGUUAAGCAUGGCCAGGUGUAUAAAGUAACCCAUAAUGGUGAUCCAUUAUUGGAUGGUAUUGAUGAAUCCUUUGAAUCCGUGAGGUACCAUUCAUUACACGUUGCUGAUCCAUUGGCUGACUCUCUGGAGAAGUUAGCCUAUACAACGGAACCUGACGGGACUGAAGUGAUUAUGGCUGUAAAGCAUAAGACUAAACCCUGGUACGGAGUGCAAUACCACCCAGAGUCGAUUUGUUCCACCUUUGGCUCCACCUUGGUCUCUAAUUUCCUCUCAUUGGCUGGAAAGUAUAACGAAUCGAGAUCCAGAACUGUCUAUGAAGACCCAGGUUCUGUUGAAAUGCUCCUGCGUAAGAUCAACAUUGAGCCUCUACUGACUCCAAAGCUGGACAAACCGUUGAAACUCCACCAAAAGUUGAUCCCGACUUCAUCGUCCCCUGUCACAAUCUGUGACUUACUCUUCCAGCGUGGUAAAGAGUUCAUGUUAUUAAACUCGGCCUCUUCGCCUGGGAAUUGGUCUAUAAUUGGACUACCUUCUAAAGCGUCAUUGAGAAUUACACACUCAACGGAAUCAAAUGACAAAGUCUCACUACAGCAACACGGAGAAUCGUGGGAAGAGGACAUAUCCUCAAUAUGGUCGUUCUUAUCAGACACCAUGUCCUCCCACAUUGUGCCAAAGACCUCACAGUUCCCCUUCAUAGGUGGAUUCUUAGGCCUGUUUUCAUACGAAGAGGGCCACUUUGUCCAGCUGGAAAAGCUUCCACGGGUCACCUCAAGCUCCAAUGUCCCAGAUACAAAGCUGGUAUUCAUUGAAGAGUGCAUCCUGAUGAACAACUCCACAGGUGAGACCUUUAUAACGUCUCUGAACUCUGCAGAGCACAUCCAAGAGAUCGAAGAGCUACUCAACUUUCCAACUCAAGCCACACAUCUCGACGAGAUACACGCAGAGUACAUCAACAAACCUGAUAAGGCCAACUAUCUGUCUAAUUUCAACAAGUGCCAGCAGCUACUUCGCUCAGGUGAUUCGUAUGAGCUUUGCCUCACUGUGCCAACGGAGAUUGGCAUACCAGCUAAUAUACACCCGUGGGAAAUCUAUAAAGUACUGACCGUGAAGAACCCAUCACCUUACUCUGCCUAUUUCAACUUUGACGACUGUGUUCUCUUGAGCUCUUCGCCAGAGAGAUUUCUCUCAUGGGACAACGAAACCUGUGAGUUGAGGCCAAUCAAGGGCACGGUUAAGAAGACUGUCGACAUGACGUACGAGCGAGCCAAGUCGAUAUUAAACACACCAAAGGAAUUAGGAGAGAAUCUAAUGAUUGUGGAUCUGAUCAGACAUGACUUGUAUCAACUGCUGAAGAAAGUCUCGGUGACAAAGCUCAUGUCGGUGGAGGAAUACUCAACGGUUUACCAAUUGGUUUCUGUCAUCCAAGGCCACUUCAAAGGUAGUGCUUACUCGGGUAUCGAUAUCUUAUCGCAAUCCCUACCACCUGGCUCCAUGACUGGUGCACCAAAGAAAAGAUCUGUGGAGAUACUCCAAGAACUGGAGGUUCUUCGAAGAGGACUCUACUCUGGCGUGUGUGGUUACUGGUCAAUAGAAAACAAUGCUGACUGGAGCGUCAUUAUCCGUUCAAUGUUCCAUUAUAAAGAUGACCUGAAGAACACUCGUGAUACAAAUCUCUGGAAAAUCGGUGCUGGAGGAGCAAUCACCGUCCUGAGCGACCCUGAAGGAGAGUGGGAAGAGAUGUUGACCAAGCUGGACAGUGUGCUACGUAUAUUUCAAUGA